UUCUGAGAAAUUUUUCGGGAAGUAGCUUGAAUUGAGCGAUCUAACCCAGGACUGCAUCACUGUGAACCAUGGCGUACAACGGAAAGUACAUGCACGGCAUGGGCUGGGCCCUUGUGGUGAUGGGAUCUCUCAACAUUAUCCUGGGUAUAGCCGCCGACGCUGCGUUUGCCUCCAUGCGGGCAUACACAACCAUUCACUACGUCGGUGCACCCAUUUGGAAUGGCAUUUUUGUUGUCAUAACUGGUAUCUUGGCGAUUAACAGUGGGAAAAAACCAACAAGCAAUGGUCUGAUGGUGGCUGUUAUGGUACUGGGGAUCCUCACAAUCAUUUCUGCAAUUUGCUGCUUCGCCCUGGGCGUUGGUGGAGCCAUUACUGACACAUAUUAUCGACAUGAGAUAUGUCAGUAUAGGUACGGCUAUAGCUGUGCAUCAGCAUCCAUCGCCCUGCAUGUGGUGAACGCUCUGCUGGCUUUUGCCGAGGUCGUCAUGGCCUUCGUGGCUGCCAUCAUGCCGUGUGGCGGACUGACGUGUUGCCGUGUUGGGAACAAUCCCAACGAUGCCCCCGUGGUUGUGUACAACCAGCAGGGACCUAACAUGUCACCUGGGCAAGCUGCCUAUGUCAUUAUGCAAACAGGUGUUCCAGGUGCACAAGGUGUUCCGUGCACGACUAUCAGUGCAGCUGGGGGCAUGCCACAGCAGCAGGUGUUCAUCGCCCAAAAUCCGUACCCUGCAGGUGCUCCUAUGCAAGGGUACUAUGGUGUCCAGGCUCUGCCCCCUUACAUGCAACAGUCCACCAUUGGGGCAGCAGCUGCAGCUGGUCAGCCACCUGCAGGGCCACCUGCAGAGACCAAAACCCAGCCACCUGCUUAGAGGCUGGAGUGAGCUAUAAAAGCUAAAGGCUUAGGUGUGACAAGAGGAUACGAAAAUCCUGGUUGCUAAAGAGUCUGUUAGCCAGCAGUUUUGUUGUUGUAUAUUAGGUGUACUGCAUCCGCUUUUGUUCUGCAUUUGUUAACAGUUUUGUAAAUUGUAUGGGAUAUAUUUUUGUGAGAAUAGCUAAUAAGCGGUCUUUUACAAGUAACUAAAGUGAUUGAUGUAAUAAUUAGUGUUUGGAUCCAACAAUGAUCAUUCCUCCAUGAAACUGGAGAAUGUAAGCCAUAAUGAGAUACUCUUGAUUAAUUAUUUAGUGACGUGUACAUUCCAAGCUUGACAAUGAAUGCAGUUUUCAUGCGUAAUAGUUUGACUCUCAGUAUGAUGUAAUGGAGUUGGUAUAGAAACUCUGGAUGAAUCGGGGGUUAAUAUUCAAAUCACAACUGUAAGACCACAAACAGCAAUAAGGAAACAUUUCAUUUUAAAUGUGGUUGUGUAACAGCUAUUUGCACUUUACAUGUAGUACAGCUUUGCGCAUAGAGAUCCGGCAUAAUUCAUUUGUUUUCCAUAUAUUUUACAGAGAUAAUAUAACAUAGUUUGCUAGAUUGUCAAUACAACAGUAAAGACUAUAUAUUGCAGUGUGCUGUGAAACAAUAAAGUUUCCUUACAAUAUGAAUAUUGCAAGCAUGUAUGUUACAAAAAGUUUGGAUUGAAUAAAUAUG